AGCCCAUCUGGGUCCAUGGCCCGCAACCGCUGCGCAGCUUAAACCCGCGAUACCCUCGACUUCUCCCUCCCACCACCCACCAUGAACUUCCCGUCGAGCUCGCCCCCGGCCGGUAACCCCGGCCCGCUGCCUCAGCCCGGUGGCCCCCAGGACCCUGGUGUCAAGGCCGUCCAAGCCGCGAUGGAGUCUUGUGUGGGCAAGUCUGUCAUGUCUGGAGUCAUGGGUUUUGGAAUGGGUGGUCUCUUUGGAAUGUUCAUGGCCUCCAUGUCCUACGAUACUCCCUUCCAUACGGCCGUCCCUGGUGCACAGCCAACCCCCAUCAGCUCCCUUCCCCUCAAACAACAGCUCAAGAUCGGCUUCAAGGAUAUGGGCACAAAGUCGUUUUCCAUGGCCAAGAACUUCGGCAAGGUCGGUGCUCUCUACUCGGGUAUUGAGUGCGGCAUUGAGGGCCUACGAGCGAAGAACGACACCACCAAUGCCGUUGCUGCGGGCUGUGUCACCGGUGGCGUCCUCGCAAAGAACGCUGGCCCUCAGGCUGCUGUAGGCGGUUGCCUGGCUUUCGCGGCGUUUAGUGCAGCCAUCGAGGUCUACAUGCGACAGCCCAGUGACGAAUAGACCGGGAGAUAAGGGACGAAAAAAAAACAGGCGGCGGGUGUAUUGUAUGAGUUGUGUAGGCGGACAUGCUGUUUGUGGGAGUUAUGGAUGACCAUUUAGAGCAUAGGGCUGGCGUUGGAGACGGACUCUCUCCUCUUUGGAAUUUGGCCCCUGAGUGUGCAUUGGGGACGACAAGACAAGACGAUGGAUGGCCACGUGUACCAUGAGAUGUGUAUAAUACCCGCGCUCAAUGAUGAGCCGUUCAUGUAGAAUACAGAAUAUUUG